AUGACUCGGCGAUGCUCUCACUGCAAUCACAAUGGUCACAACUCACGGACAUGUCCAAAUCCUGGGGUGAUGCUUUUUGGUGUAAGGCUCACCGAAGGUUCGAUCAGGAAAAGUGCUAGUUUGGGUAAUCUUCUUAGCCAUGGGAAUUUGUCGGGUAAUGUCGCUGGUGAGGGUUACGCUCGCUCUUCCUCUAUCCGCGAGGGAAAUAAAGGAACUACAUGGACAGAGGAAGAACAUAGGAGGUUCUUGUUAGGUUUACAGAAGCUAGGUAAGGGUGAUUGGAGAGGCAUUUCAAGAAAAUAUGUGAGGACAAGGACACCAACACAGGUUGCUAGCCAUGCUCAGAAGUAUUUCAUGAAACAAUCCAAUGUGUCUACUCUCCAUGAUAUGGUUCAUGAUCAUGAGGUUAGUCCUUCAUUCAAAUAUUAG